ACAUGAAAGCCACCACCAAGCCAAAGUGCAGGCACUCUUGGGCUUGGCUCUUCCUCCUCCCACGCCAAUCGCUACAAGACCGAGCUAAAAUGGAGAUCUUCUUCUUUAUGCCCUAAUGCCCUUUCGCUCUUUUCGUCACUCGAUCCUUGUAAUGAAAAACCGAUGAAUUUCCUCACAAAAGCAAUAUCAACCCAACUGCAAUCAAGAAAAUGCAUCGUCUUACUGCAAACCCUCACAUCCCUCCAACAGUCUUCUCUCUUUUCCUCCAAAUCGAGAGAACCCAGAGUCCAAAAAGCUCAAGACCCCUCACCACGAACCUCAUUUAAUCCCCCAAAACCCGAGGGCGAAUCAAAGCCCCUCCCUUUCUGCGAAAUUCCCUUCCACUCAAAUGUUGCGAAUUCCGUGGAUCUGAUCGGUUUUGUUGACUGCCCAGUUCAGUUAGAGGAUUUGCCCGAUGGCAGGCGUGUGGCUAAGACUGUCAUACUUUCCACUGUUUCCAGCCCAUCUCUGUCGAUUCCUGUUGUGUUUCAAGGAGAUUUGGCUGUCAUCGCCAAGUUCCAUGUGAAGAAAAAUGAUUGCAUUUAUGUUUCUGGGCAGUUGAGUGGAGAUCAUGGGAACCAAAAAACUGUUCAUCUUCUGGUCCAAAUCAUGAACUUUGUGGUGGGUUUGAAGAGGGAGCUUUCAGGGAUUUCUGGAUUGGAAAAUGAGGAUGAUGAUGAUGAUGUCUCUGUGAAGCAGAAAAAGGGUAAUAAGAAAGGGUUCAGGUUCAGCAGAAAGACUAUGAAUGUUGAGCAAGUGAAGGAUUGGAAGGACCUAAUCAAGAAUCCAAAACAGUGGAAGGAUUAUCGCGGAAGAAAAGCUAAGGGAACUGUGAAACCUAGACACCCAGAUUUCAAGAAUGAGGAGAGAAAAGUUUCACUCUGGCUUUCAGAUGCUCCAGAAUGGAUUCUUCAAGGACUUGAAGGACUGGAGUUUUGUGAUUCUGUUCCUAAAGGCAAAGCUCAGAAAUAAGUGAAGAGUUCUGAAUGAUCACUAAUUCAGUCGAGUCUCGGUUUAUUAUUCAUGGGCAAUUGCUGCAUACAUAUAGACCUUUGAACGAUCUUAAUCCAAUCGAGUCUUGGUUAAUAGACAUUUUGAUUAGUUAAUAUCCUAAUCCAUUGCAGAAUGAUAAUUUACACCCGUUUUCUCACCAUCUUUUUAUCUAUAUCAUUAAUUAUUUGGUGGUUCUAUGUGAUUGUUUGUUUUGCUCCUAUUAGAGUUUAGGAAAUUUUAGGAGACAAGCAUUUUUUUUUCUUUUUGCUUGUUUUUAUUGUUUAAGGAGCUAAUUGUAUUACCUUGAUUGAGUUUUUGUUGAAGGAUCUUUACUUUGUGCAUUCACUCUUAAUUGAAAAGGAAGAGCUCGAGUUGUUCUUUUA